AUGAUAGAAACUAGUGUUCACACACAUCUCAUAUCAUAGUUGAUAUCUCCAAGAAAUUAAAGACGAUGGAAGAGUUACCGGAGGGAUGCAUGGCACACAUAUUGUCGUACACCAGCACUCCCGUGGAUGUAUUCAGGCUCUCCCUCGCUUCCAAGGCCUUUCUUUCUGCUGCGGAAUACGACACUGUGUGGGAACGUUUUCUACCCUCUGAUUUAUCCUCCAUCAUUUCUCCUUCUUCCUUCCCUUCCUCUAACUCUAAGAAGGAUCUCUAUUUCGCUCUAUGCGACCGUCCCACCAUCAUCCACCAGGGCAAAAGGAGCUUUCAAUUGGAGAAGCGGACUGGGAACAAGUGUUACAUGCUUUCUGCUACAGAUCUUUACAUCGUAUGGGCUCCACCGCCGGCUGAGAUUUCCCAAUAUUGGGAGUGGACAAGCCUGCCAGAUUCUAGGUUCGAACAAGUUGCUAGGCUUUAUGCUGUGUGCUGGUUAGACAUAAAUGGAAACAUAAACAUGCGUGUUUUGUCACCAAACACUCACUAUGCAGCUUUUCUUGUCUUCAAGAUGAUCGAUGCGAGCGGGUUUCACCACGCUCCUGUGGCGUUAUCAGUAGGUAUUGUUGGUGGCAGUAGCACUUCCAAGUACGUUUGUUUGGAUCCCAAUUUAGAAGACGAUGAAUUAGAUGAGAGAUUCUGGGGAUUAGAACGUCCUAACGUAAGAAGCGAUGGGUGGUUGGAGAUUGAGAUGGGAGAGUUUUUCAAUUCGGGAUUAGAAGAAGACAAGGUGCAUAUGGCAGUGAGGGAAACAGAAAGUAAUAUGUGGAAGCAUGGUUUCAUUCUUGAAGGAAUAGAAGUUAGGCCUAAACAUGUUUCAUCCGCCAUAUGUAAUUAAUUGUAGUUAGGCCUACUCGAGAUGGAAGUGUUUGUCAAAUAAUUGCAUUCUUCUUUUCAGGUUAAAUUAUAUUUUUAAGUUUUUUAUCUUA